AUGGCUGACAAGGGUCUCGAGGAUGUGCCUGAGGGCCAGAUCGAGUCAAACUACGAUGAGACCACCGACUCCUUCGACAACAUGAACCUCAAGGCCGAGCUCCUUCGCGGAGUCUACGCCUACGGUUUUGAGCGUCCCUCUGCCAUCCAGCAGCGCGCCAUCAUGCCCGUUAUCAAGGGCCACGAUGUUAUCGCGCAAGCACAGUCCGGUACCGGUAAAACGGCUACCUUUUCCAUCUCCGUCCUCCAGAAGUUGGACGCCAACAUCAAGGCCUGCCAGGCGCUCAUCCUCGCCCCCACCCGCGAGCUUGCCCAGCAGAUCCAGAAGGUUGUUGUCGCCAUCGGUGACUUCAUGAACAUCGAGUGCCACGCCUGCAUUGGCGGUACCAGCGUUCGCGAUGAUAUGAAGGCUCUUCAGGACGGCCCCCACGUCGUCGUCGGCACCCCCGGACGUGUCCAGGACAUGAUCCAGCGCCGCGUCCUCAAGACGGACCACAUGAAGAUGUUCGUCCUCGACGAGGCCGACGAGAUGUUGUCUCGUGGUUUCACUGAACAGAUCUACGACAUCUUCCAGUUGCUUCCCCAGUCCACCCAGGUCGUGCUCCUGUCUGCUACCAUGCCCCAGGAUGUCCUCGAGGUCACCACCAAGUUCAUGCGUGACCCCGUCCGUAUCCUUGUCAAGAAGGACGAGCUCACCCUCGAAGGUAUCAAGCAGUUCUACAUUGCCGUCGAGAAGGAAGACUGGAAGUUGGACACUCUCUCCGAUCUCUACGAGACCGUCACCAUCACCCAGGCCGUCAUCUUCUGCAACACCCGUAGAAAGGUCGACUGGCUCACCGACAAGCUCACUGCCCGUGACUUCACUGUCUCCGCCAUGCACGGUGAUAUGGACCAGGGUCAGCGUGAUGUGAUUAUGAGGGAGUUCCGUUCCGGUUCUUCCCGUGUCCUCAUCGCCACCGAUCUUCUUGCCCGUGGUAUCGAUGUCCAGCAGGUCUCCUUGGUCAUCAACUACGACCUUCCCGCCAACCGCGAGAACUACAUCCACCGCAUCGGUCGUGGCGGUCGUUUCGGACGUAAGGGUGUUGCCAUCAACUUCGUUACCGCCGAUGAUGUGCGCAUGAUGCGCGAGAUCGAGCAGUUCUACAGCACCCAGAUCGAGGAGAUGCCCAUGAACGUUGCCGACCUCAUUUAAAAAGUGUUUUCCUUGCUCACGAUCCGCGGUUUGCCCUCCGUCGCUUGCUGGUUUCUCUCUAUCAGUGCGGUUUGAUUGGGGGUCGGUCGCUCCUCUUGGUUUUGAAGUAAGUCU